AUGCCUAGAAAUCUCCUCUCAGAUUCUCCUGAAAUGGCAUCUGAAGUCUCUCCAAAGCACACACUUGGGAGCAUGGAGAGGGACAGCAGUGUGGAGAAUCCUGGCAGCCAAGCUAGGUGCAGGAAUGUUGGCUUGGAUGAGGAGAGUCUAAAAUAUUUAACUCACGAAGAGCAGGAUGUUCUCAUGUUCUUUGAGGAAACCAUAGAUGCCUUAGAAGAUGACUUGGAGGAGCCAGUCCUACGUGACAGUGGCAUCCACUGUCAGUCUCCAAGGUCAACAGAAGAAAAUGUGUCCAGUCACUCAGACACUGAAGAUAUCAUUGACUUGGUACAAUCAACACCAGAGAGCAGUGACCAUGAGGGCCCUCCUAGCAGAGGUGCAGAACCAGUGUCAGAUGUUACCUGGAGACCUGAGAGCCCUAAGCCAGCUGUACCUGCUGACCUUCCUUCACAUCCUCCUGUACCACCACCAUCAGUGUCUGAGACAACUCCUCUUCCUCCUCCACCCCCUCCUCCAGUGCAGCAUCCAAAAUUGCUUCGCUCUGUCCCCACUCCGCUCAUCGUGGCCCAGAAGAUUUCUGAGCAGCAGCUGGAGAGCAGAGCGCGCUUCCCCAGUGCCCUGAAGGAAGGGAAUUCCGACAGGAAGAAAACCCCAGUAGCCAAUGGGGAUCAUUUUGCUGGUCCAAAGCACCCUCCUGCACCUGCACCCAAACUGCACCGGUUCCCAAGCAACAUCAACAUAACAAAUGUCAGUGGCAAAGAAUUCAGUGAGACCAUUUCAAAAGCAGCAGUUAACGUCCAGGAGCGGAGAGCCCAGGUGCUGGCCAACAUCAACGGAGGAGCUUUUCUGGCAGCUGAGCUGGAGGAGAAGCUGCAGAAAAAUGAUUUCUUGUCACGGAACAGAAGUUCUUCCUUAAGGGAUCUCUCCUCUGAGCAAACGCGAUAUGAGGCCCUGACAAAGCUUGGCCUAGUUAAGGGAAAGCCAGCUCAGGACCAAGUGGACCAUGCCCCAAGCACUCAGCAGGUUGAUGUGCAGCCCAAACAGGCAGACGCUGUUCCCAAUGGAUAUCAAAACAUCCACGAUAUUUUAAAAAGUGAGCCCAGCCCUUUCCUUCCUAUGGGCAAAACUGUAACAAUCAAACCAGAGGUAGCUCUUGCUGCUAACAAGGUCAGCAGCACGCAGCAGAACACGGCAAAAAGUUUUAGUGAUAGUAAUAAACAACCUAGUCUAAGCCUGGAUUUGAGGAGGAGAUCAGGUUCACUGCCUAGACCUUCAGGAUUUCGAUCCCAAGGGAUAACAGUGAAGUUUUCUGGCCGUGGCUCAACAGAAGAAGCUAGGAGGGAGGCCCUUCGGAAACUGGGACUACUGAAAGAGACUGCUUGA